UAUUCCCCCACCCCCCACAAACGAAAAUAAUACAAACGGAAGAGAGAGGAGAGAGAGAGAGAGAGAGGAUGAGAGAGAGGAUGUCAAGCGUGGCAGAGUUAUCGGUAGUGGUGGCGCGGGGUCGCUUGGCCGUGCUGACUGCGCACCUGGCAGCGUCCGUUGACUGCAUCGAGGUUGCGCCAGCUCUCGAGCCACACUGCCUCUCGGCUCAGACCGUGGUCCCACCACCCGGGAACCUCAGAGGCUCGCUGACCAUCGUUGACGAGAGGACCGGUAAGAAGUACCAGGUCCCGGUCUCUGAGGAAGGCACCGUCAAAGCCACUGAGUUGAAGAAGAUUACAACGGGAAAGAAUGACAAGGGGCUCAAACUUUAUGACCCGGGCUAUCUGAAUACAGCUCCUGUUCGGUCGUCGAUUUGUUAUAUUGAUGGCGAUGAGGGUAUCCUUAGGUAUAGAGGCUACCCAAUUGAAGAGUUGGCUGAAAGUAGCACCUUUUUGGAAGUGGCCUACCUCUUAAUGUAUGGGAAUUUGCCUUCUGAAAGUCAGCUAGCAGAUUGGGAAUUUGCUGUUUCUCAGCAUUCAGCCGUACCGCAGGGAAUUUUGGAUAUUAUACAGGCAAUGCCUCAUGAUGCUCACCCAAUGGGUGUACUUGUCAGUGCGAUGAGUGCUCUUUCUGUCUUUCAUCCUGAUGCCAAUCCUGCUCUUAGAGGCCAAGAUCUUUACAGGUCAAAACAAGUGAGAGACAAACAAAUAGCACGUGUUCUCGGGAAGGCACCCACCAUUGCUGCAGCAGCUUAUUUGAGGAUAGCAGGAAGGCCUCCAGUUCUCCCUUCCAGCAACCUUUCUUAUGCAGAGAAUUUCUUAUACAUGCUAGAUUCAUUAGGCAAUAGGUCAUAUAAACCUAAUACUCGACUAGCUCGAGUUCUAGAUAUUCUCUUCAUACUGCAUGCAGAACAUGAAAUGAAUUGCUCCACAGCUGCUGCUCGGCAUAUAGCAUCAAGUGGUGUUGAUGUAUACACUGCACUCGCUGGUGCUGUUGGAGCACUGUAUGGUCCUCUUCACGGUGGAGCUAAUGAGGCUGUUCUUAAGAUGCUGAGUGAGAUUGGAACUGCUGACAACAUCCCAGAGUUCAUUGAGGGUGUGAAAAACAGGAAGCGCAAGAUGUCAGGUUUUGGGCAUCGUGUGUAUAAAAACUAUGAUCCAAGGGCAAAGGUGAUAAAGAAACUGGCAGAGGAAGUAUUCUCCAUUGUUGGCCGGGAUCCUUUGAUUGAGGUUGCUGUUGCUUUGGAGAAGGCUGCACUAUCUGAUGAGUAUUUUGUUAAGAGGAAGCUAUAUCCAAAUGUUGAUUUCUACUCGGGGUUAAUAUAUAGGGCAAUGGGAUUUCCCACGGAGUUCUUCCCUGUUUUAUUUGCAAUCCCACGAAUGGCUGGGUACUUAUCACACUGGAGAGAGUCUCUGGAUGAUCCUGAUACAAAGAUAAUGAGACCACAACAGGUUUAUACUGGCGUAUGGCUGCGGCAUUAUAUGCCACUCAAAGAACGGAUGGUAUCGACAGAGGCGGAUAGGCUUGGUCAGGUGUCUGUUUCAAAUGCCUCAAGGCGGAGGUUGGCUGGAUCUGGGACUUAGUUCAAACACUACAAAGGAUAAGUUUCCAAAUAUGUUUAUAGUAAUAAAAAUAAAAAAUAAAUAUAUCUGCUAUCAAAUAAGGACAUUGGUGGUGCAUAAGUCUCUCUGCGUAUUGUGAAACAUAAAUAUUUGGUUACAAGCUUGAAAAGACGUCCAAAUCAUCAAUAAUAAGCUUCUUUUGAAUUAA